AUGCUGUACGAUGCGGUGAAACUUUUUGCCCUCAGCCUCAUCGAAUGGAAUGGCGGGAAGGACGCAGCCUUUCCGGCAUUGGAAUGCAGGGAGGACAAAGUUGCUGACGACAACAACACCGACGAGCUUAUCGCAGUGAUGAAAAAGACUGACGCUGCCAUGCUGUACGACGCGGUGAAACUUUUUGCCCUCAGCCUCAUCGAAUGGAAUGGCGGGAAAGACGCAGCCUUUCCAGCAUUGGACUGCAGGGAGGACAAGGUUGCUGACGACAACAACACCGACGAGCUUAUCGCAGUGAUGAAAAAGGUCAGUUUCGAUGGACUUACAGGAAUGGUAAAACUUGACAACAAAGGCGUGAGAACUGACAUUAAACUCUACGUGAGCGAACUUGGAUUCGAUGGACUAGAGGAGAUUGGAACAUGGUCGCCAUCUAUUGGCCUAAACAUGACCGAGGACGAAGAAGAUGAAGAUGACGAGGAUGAUGAAGUACUACGUGUUCUAUCUGUUCCU